CGUGCCCUAUAUUCCAAUGUCAUCGGUAUGGCAGGCAGCCAACAGUGGGGACCUCGCCACCCUCCGUCGAGCUCUCGACGACGCUGAAAAACGUGGCAAUAUGGCUUUUCGAAAGGAGAUGGAGUGGCAGGACGCUGUAGGCCGGACGCCGAUCAUCGAAGCUGCUAAAUACAAUCACGUUGCGUGUGUUCGGGAACUGUUGAAACGAGGUGCGAAUGUGAGGCAUACAGGUAAGUGUGAGUGGCUUAGUUUGGUGAUGGUGGGAUGACCAUGCAGGAUUCAUGACAUGAUGAUGAAUGCCAUUUGCAUAGUGGAUGGGGGGGUGCUUGCGAGUUGUCUUGCCUUGUUGCAUUUCGCAGCUGUCGCUGCAUUCAUCGACCUUCUACUCUGCCAAUGAGGAGCAGCAGAUGGGCCAUCUUGCAAACGCGUCAUGGCACUGCCGGCAGUCGCCGCUCCCGCCCAACCCACACAAAAGCACAAAAGCAGCAGGGCGGGAAGAAAAGGAACUUGCGCCACUCUCGUCGUUCUCCCCCUCCUCUUCUACUUUGCUAGCUCACUCAGCCAUUUGUAACUAGCUCUCCUCGGCACCGCAAUGGAUUACACGACGCAUCCCGAAAUCAAGGAACUCCUUGCACAGGCUGCUGGCCUAAAGAACAUGGCGAACAUUCCUACGACUUGGCAUCCCCUUCCGCCAGCUGCUCCGCCUCCCGUGUUGAGUGAAAGGGAAGUGGAUGGUGAGCGUAUCCUCCUUCUUCAACAACAGCAACAGGAGAGAAGAUUGAGUGGAAACGGUGGUGAGGUGCGUGGGUUAUGCAGGUUUUGGCAAAAGGGAACAUGUCGCUAUGGUGAUACGUGCUGGUUUAUCCAUGAAGGACAACAGGGAGCGCCAACGUCGCCUUUGCAACAGAAUGUGCAACAGAAUGCCCAAGCUGCCUAUUGUCGGUCUCGGGAUUUGUGUUGGCCUCAGCAUCUGCAACAACUCCAGCAGCAGCAACUACAGCAGUUGCACCAACAGCAACAACUGCCGUAUCAAACACCCAAUCAUUCCCGGACCCAAUCCGCCGGACAAGGCACCUUUUCCUCCUUCCACACUAUCCCACUCUCCCGAAACUCGUCGCGGAGUGUAUGCAGGUACUGGCUCCAAGGUAUCUGCAAUAGGGGCCCCGCAUGCCGCUUCCUCCAUGGCUCAGCGGCUCCAGCCGCCAUUGGAGCCGCCGCCGCCGCCAUUGCGGAACGUAACGCCCUAACAGCCGCACGACCUCGUCCUCGCCCCCGGUCGGCUCCCUACAUUCAAACCCUUCCCCCGUCCAUGGAUGCCAUGUCCACCCAUCCUCAAUUGACGCGACCCCGCCAUUACUCCCACCCAUCCCUCCUGCUCCCGAGUCUACCCACAUCCACAGCAACGUACGAGUCCCUUCUCGAGUCCCUCCCGUCGUCAUCUCCCAUCCCGCCUCUAACGGAAGCCUCUUCUGUAGACUCUUUUGCUCUCCCGUUCGACUUGGAUGAAUAUGACGAUUACUCCGAGGCCGGAUUGGAACUUGGUGGGCUGGAUGAGAAUCAAGUGUUGGGGCUUUUGGCUUCCUCUUUCCCCCCUUCUUCGGCUGCUUUGAUUCCUUCUUUUGCGCCCGUGUCACCUCCUAGUGUCUCGAAACCGGGUUCGGGUGUGCCGCGUUCGAGUGUUCCGCGUUCUGAAAGCGAGAAAUUGUGGAAGGAGGAUAUGUGGGGUGCCAGUGUUUUGAAAGCAUUGGAUCGGUUGGCGUUGUGAAAGUAGUGAAUAGUGAGGGUUGUUUAUUACCUUGGAGUAAAGGUUGAACGUGAAAGAAGGCAAUGAAGAAAAAAAAACACACAAGUAAAUUGGAAAAAGGAAGUGGCAUUAAACAAAAAAGAGGUGGUGAUGGGACUUCUUGGACGAGGCUUUCUGUGUAGAAUUGUUUUGUUUUUUUUGUGUUUCUGUAGGAUUGUAUGCAGGUUGCUUUUUAGCCUUUUUGUUAUUUUUUGUGUAUACCCGGUUGAGGUAGAGUAGCUGUGAGUGGGGGAAGAGGUAGCGGAAAUCAGAAAAAAACAAGGAAAAAAACUUUGAUUGAACAAUCGGGAAAGAUGGAGGGGAGAAAACCACAAAUGUAGAGUACGUUGACCCACCAGGGCUCACCAGUCAGGAGCUGCUGGAAAUAUGAUAUAUUCUUUUGAAAAAUGCAA